CAGGAAGGGUCGGCAUCGGCGGGGACCGGGGUGCAAAUGAAGCGUGGGUGGUCGCCAUAGUCGUAGCCGGACCCUGAGCUCGCAGCUGCUCCACGGAGGAGGUGAAGGAGGAGGAGGAGCGGUAGAGGAAACACAGAGGGCUGCUGCAGGAGUCGUGUUGCAUUGCUGCCACCCAGUGGGAGAGCCUCACAACUACAGUGCAUGAAAACGGGUAUUGUUCCUAAUUCUACCGUCUAGAACCUUGGAGAACCGAGGGAGGAAGAACACAGUACCGUACAGAGAGUCGGGUUCUUAAACCAGAAGAAAAAAAUGUCUCGAACCGAGGAGGUCAACAAGAUGACAGAAAACGUCUACAAGGGGAUUUUGGACCAGUUCAACCCCAGUCUGAAGAACUUUGUGGUCAUGGGUAAACACUACGAGAAAGCCCUGACAGGAGUAACCGUCGCUGCCAAAGGCUACUUCGAUGCCCUGGUGAAACUGGGAGAACUUGCAAGUGACAGCCAAGGCUCUAAAGAGCUGGGAGACACACUGUUUCAGAUGGCCGAGGUGCACAGACAGAUCCAGGUGCAGCUGGAGGACGUGCUGAAACUGUUUCACUCGGAGCUGCUCGCUCAGCUGGAGCAGAAGCUGGAGUUGGACAUUAAAUACCUCACGGCUACUUUGAAAAAGUACCAGAGUGAGCGCAGGUCCAAAUCUGAGUCCAUCGAACGCUGCCAGUCCCAACUCAAGAAACUGCGGAGGAAGAGCCAGGGCAGCCGACACCCCAACAAAUAUGGAGACAGAGAGAUGCAGUUUGUGGAGCUGAUGAGUCGACGUCAGGGCGAGCUGGACACGCUGGUCGCUGCGGGCUACAGGUCAGCGCUCACCGAGGAGAGGAGACGCUACUGCUUCCUGGUGGACAGACAGUGUUGUGUCACCAAACUGCUCAUCAACUACCACUCCAAGGUGAGGGAGCUUCUUUCUCAUAAGCUGUCGUCCUGGCAACAGACCUGCACUCAGCCAACAAAACUCCCGGAGCGAGCGCUGAAUCUGCUACGUCACACCGCGCCCCAAAGCCCGGGGGCUGCUGGGAUUGCGGAGGUCCUGCGUCACACCAAGCUCAGCUGUGCUCAGACGGAACAGAGGCUCUCUGUUCAGGAGGUUCCUCCACUGGUGAACGGAGACUCCAGCUCUUCGCAGCAGCAGCAGCAGCAGCAGCAGCAGUGUCCUCCUGCCUCCUCCUCCUCCUCACAGAGCGAGAGUUUUCCUCCUCAUAGUUCCCCUCAGACUUUCUCUGCUGCGUCUUCAGCUGUGGGAACAGCAGGAGGUUCCUUCCAGAGGAGCGGAGCUUCUCCUCAGCACUCCAGCCUGCUGGUCAAUCCUGUGACCAGCGUCCAACCGGAGAGCAGCGCCAGCAGCAGCAGCAGCAGCGGUGCCAAUCCUGCUGCAUCCACUGCCACCCCCUCCGGUGGUGCGGCCCAGCAGAGCCCCCUCCCCCUCUCCACCGUCACGGCCAACCUCUCCCCCUGCCUCAUCCCCUCCACGGUCAUGUCCCACACCCAGGUCUCCCCGGUCAGCAGCUCCUUGCAGGGCAUGACAGUGGCCAUCCCACACAGUGCCCCCCACAGCGCUCCCCACAGCCCCCCACUGCCUCAUAGUGCUCCACUGUCAAGGGUCAUGACUCCUGUGCCACCGUUGCACCAACAGGUGGAGCCGGCGGGGAGCAACACUUCAUUACCGCUGCAUCAUUUUGGUCGACUGAAGGCCGGAGAGAUAUCUGCUACAGCCACGCUGCCACUGCCCAGACGACCUGCCAGUGAAAUGAGGCUGGGGGGUUUCCAAGGCUCCAGUCUGCCGAGGACGCUGCCGUUGUCCGGACCUUCACGUGUAGAAGCCAUGUUUGCUCACGGUCCUGGGCCAUCGGAGGAGGGUGGAGCAGUGGGCGGGGCCUGUUUACUGCACUUCCUGCCCGGUGACAACAUCCUGCUGCUCAUCUCUGAGCCGAGAGACGGAUGGCACUACGGUCAAAAUGAACGAACCGGACGGAAAGGCUGGUUCCCUUUCUCCUACACUCAGCCACACCACAGCAGGAUGGAGCAUCUGGAGAGCGCCCUCUUCUUAUCUAAAGCUAACAGCACCAGCACCGGCCAGCUCGACAAGAUAGGCUCUGCAGGUCUGCCGGCUCUCACCCCUGAGUCGGAGGAGGAACGCUCCCUUCCUUCCCAGAGGGUCAGCACCUUCCGCCCGCGCCCGUACAGCAUGGCUGACACCAACAAGAUCACCUUAGACCUGGGUUCUUCUCCACCCUCGCCCUCCAGGCCAAAUCCAUUCGCCCACAUACGACUAAGAAAAACCGUCACCAACGAUCGCUCGGCUCCCAUCAUUGAGUAAGCGGUUGAGUUCCGCUGAGAUGAACCUGGAAACAGUUCCUGGAUUUAUGUUGUCUGUGUUUUGGAUGUUCUGUCUGCACAUUCAAAAACAGAAGAAAAAAAAAACAACUUUUUAAAGGCCCAUGUGUUCAGGCCUAUUUUUAUAGAUUAUGACUGACCAGCAGGGGGCAGCGAUAGGAGGAAGUAGAAAACUGAUUCCUGUGAUUUAUUAUUGAAAAAAAAAGGUGAGGCCUUAAAAUGAAACAUAGACUAGUUUUUAUUAAACAAAUGUUUGGCUGUAGUUAGUUUGUGUUUGCUCCACCAGGUGAACUAAUAUUUUCUGAGAUUUAUUUCCAGCCAGUGAAGGGGUUCAGUGGAUUAUUUACUGUCUGUGUGGUGCAGUUGAACUUGGAAUAUUCCACAGAUGUUGUUCUAGUUGUUCACUUUCUCCUGGACUGUAAUGUAAGUAUUAUAUUAAAAAAAAGGACCGGCUCCUGCUGAGGAAGAGCGAUGAUAUAAUUAUAUAUGAGAGAAUGCGUUAGAUUCUAUAACUGAUGGAAAGAAAUACUAUUUAAUUUUUGGGGGGAGAAUACAUUUGAGUUGUUUUUUUUUAUGUUUACAGAGUUUUCACUUUGCUGCUCUAAAAUGAUGAAUUAGUUUGAAUGUAGGUUUUUGGUUUAGUUCUAAUGAACCUUAUUAAUGUAAGUGAAGUCUAAAUGACUGAGGCGGAGCACAUUUUUAAAAGUGUGUUCUAUGGGAAUGAAGGACGGAGAGAAAAACAUUGAUGACCUUCACAAAAACAAACAACAAUCAGAGAAAAUAUGAGUUGUAAGAGGAAAAAAACGUUUUUGUGCAAAAUGUUUCUUGAAGAAAGUAACUUGUUAUGGACGGUUCCAAGUCGUGAGGAUGAAAAAAAAGUGCCUUCAGUGUUCGUCAUCUUGGUUCCUUUUAUGUGGAGGCUCGUGUCUGUCUGGUUAUGAGAUUUCUCAUUAGAUUAAAGAGGCUAAAUUAUAUAAAAUGAAAAUACUACAAGUUCAGAAAAAAAAGUUCUAAUGGUGCAAUCAUUAUAAAUUCAAAGAGAUCUAAAGUAAAAAGGUACAGAUUAUUCCAGUACUCUGAUAUUUUUAUGACUUUUAAAUCUCAUAACUGAGUCCAGAGUUUUUUCUUUUUUUUUUUUACUCUUGAAAACGAGCCUCCAUAUGAAGAAGCCAGGACAGACGGUAAAGUCCUGUUGAGGAAAAGUCCAAAUGAAAGUGAUGAGGAAGGAACAAUGGAAGUCGACCAACGUUUGAAGGAGUUUUUAUGAUAAUCUACAGGCGUCCUCAGUAACACUGGGCAGCUCUGUUGUCGCCUGUCAGUGGUGAGGGCCUGACAAAUGAUGAUGAUGAUGACGACGAUGAGUCUGGUUGGAUGUGACUUUGUGUAAUGUGAUGUGAUGAUAGGAUCAGGCUGCGACCUGUCUUAGAAACUUAACAUCUAAUAUAGUGCUUUGACUAGUUCGACGUAAACAAUUUUAACCACGUCGAGGCUAAUAAGUGCCUGUACAUUGUGCUCAAAUGUGCCUGUUUGACUUUGGUCGUUUUAACAAUGAUAUUCCACUUUGGUUGAACUCACCAAGACAGUGGUUCUCCCCCUGUCUGUAGAAAAGUUUCUACAGAAGUAUUGAAUUUUUUUUUUAAAUCUAAUGUAAAUUUCUGUGAAUACACAUUCUGGGACAUUGGUUCCUUGAAGAACCCUGAUCUAGAACGAUCUGCGCCUGUUUUUAUGGUUCACUUUCAUUUUGUAGCUCUGGUGUAGAAAAUAAAUUUACAUUAAUUGUAUUACACAUUGAUUUGAAAUACAUUUGAAAUAAAUGGAGAAAGUAUGGACAAGUAAAGGUAAUGAACUAUGUAAUGUAAUUUAUCACGUGUCAGUGUACAGCAUGUCCCACAAGAGGUCACUAUGCAAAACAGAAGUAGUGUUAGGUCUAGCUUGUUUGCUGCCAUCAAUAUAUACAAUAUAUAUACAUAUAUUCUCAUAUAAAGUCUAGUCUCUUCUUCCAAAGUGGAAUAUUGAUCAAUUAUUGCACAUCAAUAAUAAACAGUAUUAUUGCGGACAGUCGCAUCUUAAUUUGAUGAUGAAUGGUUGGUGAUAUCUGAAAUACCCAAUGUUUUAAAAUAAAUGUUCUUUAAAAG